AUGGAUUUGGAAUACUCUGAUUCUGAUACUGAAAGCGAGAAAGAUUAUGAUUUAUGCUGCGUUCAACCAACUAAUACAUGUGCGCUGCCAUUUGAUCCAGUUUCAUUAGAAAAUAUUAUAUUGGAUAUCACAGAUAAAUUUAAUUUUCAAGUAAUAUGGAAUAAUCAACGGGCGAAGAGUGCUCUAUUAGUAACCACAGGAUUGGCGGUUGCCGGAGGAUUAAUUGGGAAGCAUUAUGGUGGGAACAUGGGCGCAGCUGUAGGUGGGGCCGUUGGCGGCGCGUGUGGCAUAGGUUUUGCUAUCGUGUCAAUGAGAGAUAUAUGGCAGGAUAUAAAAUCUAAGCUGGCAGAACUAUUUGACGUAGUUUACGACUACUUAGCUGGGCUGGGAUUGGAAGACUAUAAGAAAGCCACUUACUUCUUGAUCCAGAACGGCAGUUGCGCUCAACAGUUGGGAAUGCUCAUUUUACAGAUAUCUACAGAUGUGCUGGGAAAGAAGAUAUUAUCCAGUUUGACACCGGCU